AUGCGUGGUCUCAGCACAGCUGGAGUGUCGAGGUCGCCUGCCCUUUCUUUACAAGGUCCAGCGUCAGAACAAGGUCGCUGGCAGCGUUCCCCGGCGGCGGCGGAAAGGGACGCAACGCCGCCGAUUCGUCGCACUCCCCACAACGCCGACAUCCUAAUCCCCAAACUGCUGAGCGAUUUAACCCCUUGUUACCCUUCCUUCCCAGAUCUCAGGAGUACAAGAAGCAGGAAGAUGAAAAUGCUUUCCAAUAUCUUCCUUCUACUGACUAUAUUGUCAUCCCUCUUACCGGCUCUGUUUGCUGGCCCUUUCCAUGCGCAAUGCAGGCUGGAGUGGAAUUUUGGAAUCCCUUGUUUCAAUGUGUACACAAGUUUGGUGACCCAAAUAAAGCUUUGGACAUCGGUGGACAACUGUAUAAAAGAAGGUGGAGAAAGGUGCUUGUAUGAGCUCCAGUCAGCCAAUGAACAUUAUAUUGUGGCAAAGCACAGGAACUUGAUGCACAAUUAUGUGGAUGACCUGACGUUCAAGUUGAGGCCAGUUGGGGUAAUGCAUUCCUGCCAGGUGUCGGCAUUUUCUGUAUCUGAGCCAUGGUAUAUUGUGCAGGACAAAGGCAUCAACUAUUGUAAUCUCCACAACCUGGCUGAGGGUUCCGAAUUGGUCUCAGCUCCGGGAUUCACCGAAUCCACUAACGACUUCAAAUGUACCCAAUAUUCAACUGCCAAUUGUACUAUAUACUAA